GAUUUUUUUUCGAAGAGACCAUGGAAAAUGAAUUGUUAAGGAUUGAGGUGAAAAAUAACUCAUGGGUGAAUUGUAGUGCAGUGUAACAAGGCGUCCUUCCCGGACAGGCCACUGGACCCCGGAAACGGUACAUAUAUGCAAACUUGAGUUAACCACCGGCAGCGCCAUGCGUGGUGUGCGAGGUAGCUAGAUGCUAGCUGCCGUGAUGGCGUGGUUCAUGCACGGGCGCAGUGGUGGACAAGAUUAGAUGUUCACGGGGCGGACGGCGGAUGCAGCUUGUGUGCUAUAUCUGGGUUUUUUUUUUUUCAGCGCAGCUGCGAGGGGAAAAUAGAAAUAAGGAGGGAGCAUCAUGGAUCAGGAUCAUAGCUAUGCUUUGCGAAGUGCAGGAGGCGGAGAAGAUGACUCAAGAAGAUGAAGUCUCGUCUAAAGUUCAAGAAUGUGAUUAUGUGACUCGAUCUACGUACGCAGCGCAGUCACCUUUGAGCCAUCGUAAAUUCGGAAGCAUGGAUGCCAAGUUAUGCCACCGCAUGUGGGGUGUUCGGUGGAAUGCCCAUGAGGUAAACUGCUUGCUAAUAUAAUUUUGCUGGGUUAGUGUGGUAGCUCGUUUCACCUCGGCGUGUGUGCCGAUCAUCGGGGUCACGGUGUUGGAACUAUUCUUAUGCUGGCCAUCAAGUGCCAAGGGAAACGCUUAGCAAUUGCAAGUUAGCAACAAAUGCUACUAUUAUUGUUCUUCCUGUGGUGAUAGUCAUUAGGCAAUAUCAGUUCUGCGCUUCUAGUUAUACACACGUCGUGUUUCUUAACUGCUGUCUAAUUUUAACAACACUAAAUAGUAUGCCAUCUUCCCUUUUUUUUCCCCUGAGAACAUUCAGGCACCUCAAACCUUGAUUUGUUAUUUUUGGGGCGAAGACACCAUCGCCGUGUUUUCCCCACUUGCCUCUGUUGCGUGGUCAUUAGCCAUUCACCACUUAUGCUUGGUUCCUAAAUCUACUCCCGUUUGCCCUGCAAAAUUUGCUGUUCUUUUCAUCUUUCUGCCUCGCAGACCUGUUGUCAAGAGGUCGUAUUGGAUGGAUGGCGCAAGAAACUUGAAGGUUGUCAAUGCAAUCAUAAAGAACUUGUGAAAAGAUUCGGAUGAGGAAGAAAAGCAGCAAGGCAUAUCAGAGAAAACGCUAGGUAAAGGGGUGAACAAAGAAAACCGUCACAUAAUACAGUUUAAUCAGGAAAAUGGGGCUGUCAAUCUCAUACCCACCAGAUGACUACCUGCCUGAGGAUGACGAUGAUGGUAUGGACAGGCUCUUUGUGCGGUCUCUAAGCUUUGAUAAUCUCAGUACACUUGAGACCCUUGAAUCGCCACCAGCAUUGCUUGACGCACUGACUUCCAAGAGACUCAUUGUAAGAGGCUCUUUAAGCUUUGAAAAAAGGGAGGGUGAUCCAUUUCAAGUUGAAACUACACUGUCGAUGGUGAGUCCUAAACCUGCAAAGAAGAGUUACAACUACAAGCCUAUCAUCCUGCCAAGAUAUAGGUCCACGGAGAACCUACCACCAAAUUCUCCGGUAAUUGGGAUGGUCAGCCCAGUGCACCAGGCUGCAGCAAUAAGAGUGCAGAAGGUGUACAAGAGCUUCAGAACAAGGCGGCAGCUUGCUGAUUGUGCUGUUCUUGUUGAACAACGCUGGUGGAAACUACUUGAUUUUGCAUUGCUCAAGCGCAAUUCAGUGUCAUUUUUUGAUGUACAGAAGCCUGAGUCGGCCCUCUCGAGGUGGUCUCGUGCCAGAAUGAGAGCUGCCAAGGUAGGAAAAGGUCUUUCCAAGGAUGAAAAGGCUCAGAAGCUAGCACUGCAACACUGGCUUGAAGCAAUUGACCCUCGACAUCGGUAUGGCCACAACCUCCACUACUACUACCAAUAUUGGCUACACUGUGAGAGCAAACAGCCUUUCUUUUACUGGUUGGAUAUAGGUGAAGGAAAGGAGGUUAAUAUUGAUGACCACUGUCCAAGAUGGAAGCUGCUGCAGCAAUGCAUCAGGUAUCUUGGCCCGAAAGAAAGGGAGUCCUAUGAGGUCGUGGUUGAGGAUGGAAAGAUGAUGUACAAGCUGAGCAACAAAAUCGUCGACACAUCCGAAGGCCCCAGGGAUGCAAAAUGGAUCUUUGUGCUGAGCACAACGAGAGUUCUAUACAUCGGUACGAAGAGCAAGGGCACAUUUCAGCAUUCCAGCUUCCUCGCCGGUGGAGCCACAUCUGCUGCUGGCAGACUGAUUGUCGAGAAUGGGAUUCUAAGGGCUGUCUGGCCACAUAGUGGGCACUACCGCCCCACGGAGGCCAACUUUCGCGAGUUCAUGAACUACCUGAAGAAUAGGAACGUGGAUCUUACAAAUGUCAAGUUGAGCCCAUCAGAAGGUGAGGAGGACGAGUGGUUCAGGCAAAGGGGUAGCCUUUCCCAGCUGAAGCACACGGAGAGCAGCAAUCCCGCAAGUGAAGAAGACUCCUCCAAAUUUUUCCAAAAAGAAGACUCCUCCAAGCCUCGCCCCCCUGGCGCUGGCGCUGACAAAGACAAGGCCACUGCAAAGGCCACUCCAGGCACGCCAUCAUCCACGAGCCAUGAUAAAACAACAACAACCAGCACGGCGACAUCAGGCACGCCGGCCAUGAAGAGGUCGUCGUCGGGCAGCCGGCUGCAGCGCAAGCGGCCUCCACGUCUGGCAGUGAGCAAGAGCCGGCUGGGCAAGGGCAGCGGGGAGCAGGGCGCGGGCGCCUUCGGGGACUGCCUGGACUUCUGCAAGGAGAACCUGUUCCUGGGCGGCGACGGCGGCGACGGCGAGGAGCUGGUGGUGGUGCCGCAGGAGAAGAUCCUGCACCGCAUCAACUCCAAGAUGAGCCUGCACUCGUACCAGCUCGGGAACCAGCUCUCGUUCCGCUGGACCACCGGCGCCGGGCCCAGGAUCGGGUGCGUCAGGGACUACCCGCCGGAGCUGCAGUUCCGGUCGCUGGAGCAGGUCAGCCUGUCUCCGCGGGGUGGCGCCGGCCCGCCCAGGCUCGGCACGACUCCCCGGCAGAGCCCGUGCGCACCGCUCGUGCCGUCGACGCCCGGAGGCCUCGUGUCGCCGCUGUACGGUCACGGUGGAGCCGGGACACCUGCGCCCUAAGUUGCACGGAUACGGAUACGUGUAUCAGUAUCCGAACGAUACGGAUACGCGGAUACGGCAAUUUCCUAAAAAACCCGAUACGUGGAUACGUUUACUAUUUUAAAAAAUAAAAUAAUAAUAAUAAUAAUAAUGCAGUUCUGAAUUUAAAACUAAUAACAAUAAAAUGUCACAAUAAACUACUUAAAGUACAGGUCUAAAGUCUCAUCAACUCUCAGAUAUAGUAGUCUCAAACUUAGAAAAUAAUAAUAAGGCAUUCAGGCUUGCGAUUCAUGCUGCAGCAGGUUUCUAUUCCUCAUUUGUUUCAUUGUCAUCCACAAUAUCAACCGGUGGCUCAUCCAGACCAAAAGACACUGCUUGCAGUUCAGGUUCAUCAAGGGACAGAUCCUACGCUGGGACUACCACUUGCACUAGCACUGCUCAUAUUUGGAGAUGCCAUCUACUGCAAUCAAGCAACAAGAACUCACUAACUGCACUGCAGAUCUAGAAUGGGGAGAGGAAGACUAGGCUACGAACUGAAGAAGAAGAGAUCGAGAAGAGAACAGAGAAGAGGAUGAACUCACAAGAGUUCCCUGGAUCCACGUCGCAGGGGAGGAAACUUGUUGCCGGCGGCCGGCGAGCGGAGGCGGAGGCUCGUCGCCGGUGGCCGGCGCUGGCGGGCAGCGAGCAAGGGAUGCGUCGUCGCCGUAUGGGGAUGCGGCGCGAGGCACAGCAUGCGGGAGUGCGGGACAGCGCGAGUUCCAGGUUAGGGCGUCGGAGACAGGCAUAUGUGCCAUGUGUUUUUGGGCUGGGCCGUAUCCACAAGGCUGAUACGUAUCAGCCCACGUAUCCAAUUUUUGUAAAAAUAAUAAAAAAAUCAGAUACUUCUAGGAUA